AAGAUUCUGCCACGUCAGCAGCCCCUUUGAUCUUAUCCAGAAGUCGACUCCGCAGCGAGUCCCUUGGCCCACAGAAUCUAAUCUCCGCCGCCGUCGAGGCCUGUCGUGGCAUCAUCAGCGCCGCCGAGAGAAGCUAUUCAACAGAACAUGGGCGGCGGCCGGGCAUUGUACCAGGCGGCGGUGAGGGCGUUGCAGGGGAUGAGGGACCAGGCGUCGAGGUGCGACUCCAACGUCAAGAAGGUGCAGCAGGCGCGGAGGUUCUCGUCGACGUCUAGCGGCCUCGACUCUGUGGCCUUAAGGGCGGCGAAGAUCGAGCGGGAGAGGAGGGCCGAGGAGCCUCUCAGGACCGUCAUGUUCUUGAGCUGCUGGGGCCCUAACUGAUCAAAUUAAAGUUUCCUUCAUCUUAGCUUAGUAUAUAGAAGAUUGAGAUGGGAAUUGAUUUAUUGAUCGUAAAGUGUUUUUUUUUCUUUAUUUCCCCUUUGGUGACAUAUACAUGUUAAUAUCUUAUGUAUCAAUUAUCGAGCGUGGAUGGUCUGCCUCUUACUCAACCGACUUGGAUGGCUCGUGACUGCAACAUAUAUACAAAAGAAGUUGUUUAGUGGUAUGAUUAGUCGAGAUGUUGUAAAACCAAAUGCGAAUCAAUUCAGGGAGUUCAAGUUUUCAA